AUGUAAUAUCGAUUCCUCAAUAAAGAACUUUAAAAUAGAUAAGAAAUAAGAGUCAGAGUUAAAACAAGAUACCGAAAACUUAGAGAAUAUUUAAUAGAACAAGCAAAACAAAUUCUAGAAUUUAAACAGUAUAUUUAAGGAACUAAAACAUAUAAGAGUGCCAAAGUAUAUCCUGAAUAAUUUAGCGAAUGUUCUUAACCAGAGUAAUUAUAUAUAAUUUAUAUCUAGGGAAAUACAUAAAGAGCAAAAUGAGAUCAUUCAAGCUAAACAGAGUUAAUCUGAUUUAUAAGAAUGUUUUGUUUGA